AUGUCAUGGAGUCGGGCGAGACGUGGGGGCGCUGCCAACGCUCACCGAUUCACGCCCGAGAUUCCUCAGCCAUCUCGAUCCUGGAACGUUCAACUGCCGGGCUAUUCACGCCACUUUCUUCGAUGCCUCACGUUAGAUAUUCGUGGUCGGCGACGGAUCCUCGCUGUCACUAUGCAAAACACUCCGGCCAAGCGGCGAUUUCGAGGUAAACUCAAGCGUGUGGAUGACGAGCCCCCUGCUCCCCUCGCUGAGAGAGUUCCCAUUACUCGGCAUGAUCCCUUUGAGCUGCAGAGCCCAAUACGUCUCAACAUGGCCGAGGGCAUGCAUACGUUCCGACUUGCCAAUUCCGAGGAACAAAAGCCUGAUGAACGGCAGCCAAAGCGCCAGAGAGGGCCGUCUAGCCCCAGUCCCGAGCCGGGCCCAUCUAGGAAGAGGAAUGCAGCCCGUACUGAGCUCCCGGACAUGCCCACAGACCUGGCUUUUGUCGAGAAGGUACCCGACAUCCUCACCACCAUGGGCUUCCCUCUUCCUGAGAUCAGCCACCAUGGCAUCCGUCCGACGGGAGUACCACGGUACCUGUUCUCCCAAGCUGACUGUGACAUGGAUGAUGCCUAUGUGGUUGGACAGCGCUUCCGUGACCUGCUGGUGGUCCGGGAAGCGGUGGACUGGGAAUGCCGGCGUCUGGGAAUGCGAUGGGGCCUGCUGAGGAAGAAAGCAGCUCUAGAGCAUCGGCGGGGCAUUGAGAGCGGAUCCAAGCUCUUGACUGAUGAGUCUCUGUUAGAGGAUAUUCGGCGUUUGGAGAAGGGGGGCGAAUAA